GACUGUGGGAGAGAGACAGGCAGAAGUGGAUGGCAGCAGACUUGGAUGCACAGCUUUGAAUUCAGGAGUGAGACCUGGACUUUGGGAUAAUUCCAGGGAGGAGGGUGUGGUGGAAUACAUCAAGACUUUCCCUGGAAGUGUUCAGAUCGUGAAGAGACAAGAGAAGGAACGCCUAACACAUUGAGCUGUUGAACUACAGAGGAGGGUAAGAACAUCUGGUGUAAAGUGAACCAGCUGAGGUGUUCUGUCUGGAAUCAGCAGAAGGAUGAAAGGUCGCAGUUCAACCUCUGGGUUAUGCUCGGUGUUUGUUGAGGGAAAACUGGGAUCUGGAGGUCACUGCAUCCCAGGACUGUGAAGCAUGUGUCACAGGAUCAGGAGAAAAGCACUGAUGUCAUCCAACGAACUGUGGUUCAGGGGGGUCCAGAUGGCAGGCAUGAGGGGCCCGGCCUGCGCUGGAGUCUGGCUCUAGAGUCCACUGAGGCUCCCACUUUAACUGGACACAUUCCACAGGACGUGUGCCCAUGAGGUCGUCACCACUGGUCCUGGUCCUCCUGAUUGGCGUCCAGGCUGUACUAAACAUGGGCGGUGGACUGGCCCAGAGUGCUGGGUUAGCCAACCACAAGGCAGGACAGCAUCAGCAGUCCACAGCAUCAGGGGACCAGCAUGCUGAACAUCACAGGACCAAGAGGCCUCAUUGGGCAGGCUCAUACACGCCUGACCCCUCAAUCCCCGUGGUGGACCCUAAGCUCUUUUCCAAGAGACGCUACCGCUCAUCGCCCCGUGUUGUCUUCAGUGAGGUGCCGCCCUCCCAUGACGCCCUGGAGAGCGAGGGCCAUGACACUGAAGCGGUGAGGGGGCUGAGGGUGAGGCGCAAAGCGGGGUCGCCCACCAUGCGCAGAGGAGAGUACUCAGUCUGUGAGAGCAAUAACAGCUGGGUGGGCGACAUGACCCGCGCCACAGACAUCGCUGGGAAUGAGGUGACCGUGCUGCCCUAUGUCACAAUCAACAAUGUGGUGAAGCGACAGUGGUUUUGGGAGACCAUCUGCCUAACCCCGACGCACAGGGGCUCUGGGACAGCAAACGGAGGACGGGUGGGAGGAAGGAUGGGGGGACGGAGCGGCAAACAGGGCUCUAAAUCGGGCAACUCGGGCUGUCUCGGCAUCGACAGUCGCCACUGGAACUCCUACUGCACCAACUCACACAUAUUUGUAAGCGCCCUAACCAUCUUCAACGAACGGACAGCCUGGCGUUACAUCCGCAUCAACGCCGCGUGUGUGUGCGUGAUCAGCAGGAAGUCUUGGGCGGGACACUGACUUGCCCUGCCCUACCCAAAUAUGAACCAAUGACACGUUUCUUGGCCACGACAGCUUUUUUGCCAAUACUGUAAACCUUGUUCCCAGUCUGCACACACCCACACACACACACACACACACACAUACACACACACAGUUUCCUCGUUCCAGCCCGGUGCCCGCCCUUCACCCUACCUCAGUCCGAGAAGUCCUGGUUGUUUUAAAUUAAAAGAAUUGCAUGUUAUAUUUAUGGUUUAUACAGUCAAAUAUGAAAAUAUACAGUAUGUGUACAUAUUCGAACUCAAGAUUUUAUUGUUGUUACAUGUUGUUUUGUUGUUGUUUUUUGUUAUUUAUUCAACACAUCUGUACUUGCCUGGUUUGUUUUAUCAAUUUUUGAAUAUGCACAUUUAGAAUUUUUACAUGAAUGAUGGAUAAAAAUGACCAACUUGACAGCUUUA